AUGUUCAUUGCUUUGCUUAUACUGGCAUCGUUAUGCAGUUUCACUAAUGGAGCUGCUGUGGCAAUAGAUGUUUGCAAUGUUCCUAAGCCAAGAAUGGGACAAAUGCCUGUGCAAAGACCUUCGGUACCUGUUGAGAACUGCCAAGAUCGCGAUCCAUUGGCUUGUUUUGAAUUAUUCAAGCCUGAGGAUAAUAAUCCUCAACUAGGGAUGGUGCUCAUGAAUAACCAGAUGGAGUAA